UCGACUACACGAAGCUCUUUCCGCUGCAACUUCGGUGCGGUACGGUGAACUCAUUCGUGUUUGACCGGCGUGUGACAUGGCCGUCUCAUUACGGACUAGUGGCUUAUUUUUGCUAUUAUUUUUAAUAAUAAACACGUGCGCCGUGUCUCCCCCAUGGAUAUUAUCGGUGGUGAAAGAGUGUGUGGAUGAUAAAUGUGGAAUUGAAGUGUUAAGUUCGGAUGUUGUGGAGUGGUCAUUGACCGGUCAACGGGGCGACAGAGGAGAGGUCUGCUCACCGCCGUUUUAUUACACACAGAAGUCGUCGGAGGCGGUGGUGGAUGUUCCAAAUGAGAAGUUGUACUUUUGUGCGAAAGGGGUCGACGGUGCGUGGCUCCAUCAAGGCGAUGAGAUCUACCUGUCUGCGGAUGACGUCACCCCCAUACGGUUCGAAAAUGAGAUCGAAGAAGCGUUACAGAGUGGCGAGAUAAACAUCGUAGACAACAGUAUUGAAACAGUCGAAACCGACGACAAAUUCAGUCUGCAAAACGAUGUGGCAGUCAACAAGAACGCCGAAAUUGAAGACAUGUCAGAAGUGGAGGUUUCCAGAACGAAACGUCAAGUGGAAAACGAGACUGACAGUACAGUGGUAACUGAAGCUGCUAUACCCGUUACAAACUCUGUGGUGAAUGAGACUAGUCUAGGCCCUAAAAGGGUUAAUGUGACACCUAAUGGACCCGUCAGAUUGAUGGGACUCAGAGUAGAUGAAGCAGCAAAAGAACCAAAGGUGGUAGACGGAAUGAUACCCAGUGUGUUGAGAGAGACGAAGUUCUUACUGAGAUUGUUUGGUGAAGGGUUCACGAAUAAUACAGAAAUUGCAUUUACGCAUUACCCAGAGGCUUAUGGGACCAACUGCCAUUUUCUGUUGAACGGUGUUUAUAAGGUAACUUCAGCGGAGGAAGAUUCUGCUAUCCUGGAUAUGACAGCCCCACCGCCUUUAGAGGGCUACAAAUUCUACAUUUGCGCGCGAAAUUCUCCAAACGACGAGUUUGUCCAUCAAGGCAACGAAGACUGGAAGAUUUUGGCGACGCACAACAAACUGUUGCCGCUUUGGGCUUCUCUGGUGCUGAUCGUGAUUCUCCUGAUGCUUGCCUCUCUCUUCUCUGGUCUGAACCUUGGUCUGAUGGCCUUAGAUCGCACAGAAUUGAAGAUCAUAGCCAACACAGGAUCGGAGAAGGAAAGAAAGUACGCCAGAGCGAUCAUGCCAGUGCGCGCACACGGAAAUUAUCUUCUAUGUACAAUUUUGUUGAGUAACGUGGCUGUGAACAGUACAUUUACGGUUAUCCUGGACGAUUUGACGUCAGGUCUUGUGGCUGUUAUAGGAUCUACGUUGGCUAUCGUGUUUAUUGCCGAAAUCACGCCUCAGGCCAUCUGCGCUAGACAUGGUCUAUUGGUCGGAGCGAAGAGUAUUUGGAUUAUGAAGAUCGUGAUGGGCAUUUGCGCACCCCUCGCUUGGCCUACAAGCAAGCUCCUGGACUACUUCCUAGGAGAGGAGAUUGGAACCCACUACAACAGAGAGAGACUGAAGGAGUUGGUCAAGGUGACGAACCACGUGAAUGACCUGGACAAAGAGGAAGUGAACAUCAUCUCCGGAGCCCUGGACCUUCGGAAGAAGACCGUGAAGGAUGUCAUGACCAAACUGAAGGACUGCUUCAUGCUGCCCAUGAACAGCGUCCUCGAUUUUGAGACUAUGAGCGAGAUCGUCAAGUCGGGUUACUCCCGCAUCCCGGUGUACGAUGGAAGCCGCGGCAACAUCGUCACUGUCCUGUUCAUCAAGGACCUGGCGUUCGUGGACCCCGACGACAACACGCCGCUGCGCACUCUCUGCCAGUACUACCAGAACCCGUGCAACUUCGUAUUUGAGGAUGUUACGCUGGAUGUCAUGUUGAAGCAAUUCAAGGAAGGUCAUAAAGGCCACAUGGCAUUCGUACAGCGCAUCGAAGAAGGCGACGGGGACCCGCUCUACGAGACCGUGGGGCUGGUCACCCUGGAGGACGUCAUCGAGGAGAUGAUCCAGGCCGAGAUCGUGGACGAGUCCGACGUCUUCAGCGACAACAGGACUAAGAAGCGGCUGACGCGCCCCACCAAUAAGGUGCAGGACUUAGCCGCCUUCGCCGGCCACCAGCAUCAUCAGAAGGUGCACGUCUCCCCGCAGCUGGUGCUGGCUACCUUCCAGUUCCUCAACACCAGCGUGGACCCGUUCCGUCCCGAGCUGAUCUCAGAGACGGUGCUCCGCCGUCUGCUGAAGCAGGACGUGAUACAACACAUCAAGCUGCGCGGCGACGAAGACAGGAACGACCCCAAGAGAUACGUCUUCCAGGAGGGAAAACCGGUGGACUACUUCGUCCUGAUCCUGGAGGGACGAGUGGAGGUGACGGUGGGCCGCGAGAACCUCGUGUUCGAGUCCGGUCCGUUUACGUACUUCGGCGUGCAAGCGCUCACGCAGAACAUCGGCGUCGCUGAAGCGCCAGCGCCUUCGUCUCUUGGCUCUCUGCAGAACCUGAACAUGGACUCCAUGCUGCGUCACACCUUCGUGCCCGACUACUCCGUGCGAGCCAUCGCUGAACUCUACUACCUUACCAUUAAGAGAUCCAUGUACUUGGCAGCCAAACGCGCCACUUUAAUGGAGAAGGGUGCCCUCAACAAGGGCGGCACUAAUGAGCAGAUUGAACCUGAAGUGGACAAGCUGUUGCGCGAAGGAGAUGGCCUGAGUGAGAUCACAGAGCGUCCUUCUCAGUGCACACCGAACAACAGUGUAGAGCCCCGCAACCCAGAGGAAGAGAAACUACUGAAAUAGUAGAAGAAAUAAAAGUUGGCAACAUUAAUUUACCAUUAUGACAAAGUAGCAUAGGUUUGCGCAGCAUGAACACAAAAAAACCAACUUAUCAUACUUAAAAUCCAGUGUUGAUUAUAACAAUACUCUACUAUAAAAUAUCCAGAAUGCAAUACGGUCUUCCAAAUAAAAGGAAAAAAUCAAAAUAUGGUCACACUGUCUUCUUAAAAGGGAAGUGAGCCAACUGUUUCAAUAUACGCAAUUAUUAAACGCAUGUUAUUUUAUACUAGUUACUUAAGAAUAGUAUUUUAAUAGUUUUAUAGUAUUUAAUAAAGCAUUUGUUGCUAUUUUUAACAAUUAGGUGUAACGUAGAGGUUUUACGCAUUAGUACUUAUUUCGUUUUGAAUGUGGCAACAUUGUUUUUCGCGCCAAAGUGUGACGUUUGGAUAGUGGUGGGCAAUUGUGAAUUGAGAACUUAUUUGAAUUAAUUAAUCGAUUAUUUGCUAUCUCUAAACUCUUUUGAUGCUUUCUAUUGUAAUAAUAAUAUUUAAAAUAAAACGUCACUAUUAUUGUUUAUUAUCUAAACCUUAUAAUUUUAAUCGAUUAUUUUUAAUAACACAAUCGAAUUUUUUUACUACGUUUAUAAUCGUCCACUACUAUUUAUGGGUCAUUCCAUAAAAAUCUGUAUAUUUUCGACGUCAUUUUGUCCGUAACUUUUUUAAGAUGCUUUUGAAUACUUUAUUAGUGUAAAUUAUAGUUUAUUAUUUAAUUAUGUUAUGUCUAAUAGGGCCAGUCACUUUAUGCUUUAUUUUAGGAGAAAUUAUAAUUUUCAAUUUUUUCAUACUACAUUACUCCUAUAUGACUUCUAAUAAAGUAUAAAACUUAUAACCUUAACAUUUAUAGAUAAGUUAAUAUACUUAAUGUAGUUGUUUUGUUAUUAUCACUAUAUAAAAAACGUCAUUCCCUUACUAGUAAUUUAGUCCCAAGCGCCGUUUAAAGCUAGGGCCUGACGGUCUAGGGACUGACGAUUUGGAGUAAAACUUAACAGAAAUGCAGAUUAACUUUAUAUUAUAAGAUGCUUAAUACGAUGUACCGAAAAUAGCCGAAAAAACACACGUAAAUACUAUUAAAUUAUACACAAUUUCCUAUUGUAAUCAAUAAAGCUACUCAACUAGGGACUGACGAAGUGACUGUAUCAACACAUGUUUCCGCAACAACUGCCACGUUUGCACUAAUUCAAAAAACUGCUACCGCAAAGCCAGUAUGGUCUGAGGAUAACUUCGUGUCGUACUUUAAUCUCAACUAAAUGUCAUUCACUCUAAAUACAUAUUAAAGCGCAAAAUUAUAAAAUCAGUGCGUGGCGAGGGAAUGACGCUAAAAGCUGUGGACUCUUUUUCAACUAAAGAAAAUCAAAUUAUUGUUUAUUGAAACCGCAAAAUAUUAAUAGAAUUUGGUGUAAUAUACAUUUAAAUUGAUUAUUCGUUAAUUAAAACAAAGGAUAAAGUUGAUGUUUUUAUAAAUAUGGGUUCCAAAACACAAACUUUUGGAGUACGGACAUGCCUAGGGAAUGACGUUUUGGGUCAUUUAAAAGGAAUUUAAGAUGUUUUAAAAAUAGUUUCAAAAAAUAUAAAUGGGUGAUGAAUAAAGCAGAUUGCGAGCUGUUAUUUAACAAUUUUGGAAUAAAAUAUUAACAAAUAUUUCAUGUGAAAUGUGGCGCGGACUAAGAGUUGACAUAUUUUUGUGGAAUGACCCUUAUAACCGAUUUAAAAUUUAAAGUAGUAUUAAAUAAAUUUGAAACACUUAUCUUGAUAUCAAGAUAUUGCCCUAUAUUUGAUUUGGAUUAAAUUAUACAUUUUACCAUUUUGUACUUAUUUAUUUAGUUUUUCAAUUAAUUGAAAAUUCACUACUUACAUGCCUAUUUUAUUUUGUAAAAAAUAAGUCAACUUUACACUAAUUUGUAUCCGUGCUAUUUUGAUUUCCUAUUUUUAUUUUUUAAUUUGAAUUUGUAAUCGAAUAAUAAAAUCAAAAGUUUUCAAUAAGUUUUGUUAUUUUACUUUUCUAUUCAGUUAAAUUAACUGUCUUCUUUAAUAUUAUUUCGCAAACGAAUAUGCACAAAUUUAAUCGAUUUCAAUAUUGAUAACCUGUGUACAUCCAUCACUAGUUCAUAGUUUUUUUUUUACAUUUUGUUUGGCGGCUCUGCCAACCGUGCAUUAUGUUAAUUGCUUGUUUCGUAGUCACUUAUACAAAGCCUAAAAAUAUCCUACGCAUUUCUAUUACAUAUAACUGCCAAUAGAAAUAAGAUAGGUAAUGAAAGAUGAUCCUAUACUUAAUCCUAUAUCACUAUUAAAAAUCACAUGUGCCUUAAAACCAUAGGUAGGUGCUAUAAAAUAUAUCGUAUUUAAUAUAUUUUACAAAACCGGUUUUUUUCCUAAAACAUUGUAAAAUUAGGCCAAAAAUUGGCAACAUCACAAACUAUGUAGAAUUACGUAAAUAUAAAUAAUAAUUAUGAAUAAUAUUUUUGUAUAGUUGAUACGCAAAUCGUAAUUUUUGAAUGAAUUUAUAUUAUUAACGUGUUUUCAGUUUUUCAGUCGAUAAACGGUAGGCUGGAGAAAGUAUGUCUAAUUGUUGCAAAGUAUAAAGUUUGUUUACAUGAAUAAAGUAAUAGCUUUGA